AAUUCCUUCCCCCUACCCUACACAAAACGAAAGGCACCCCAGGUGCACCAGCCGCAAGAAUGGCCGCAGUCGCCGCGCCCGCAACAACCACGCCCCCCAACUGCACAGUCUACGUCCGCAACCUCGAAGAACGCAUCAAAAUCGACCAACUGAAGGACUCCCUGGACGAGAUCUUCUCGGAAUACGGCAAUGUGAUCGAGAUUGUCGCUAAAACGAACCUGAAGGCCAAGGGCCAGGCGUUCGUGGUCUUCGACUCGGUCGAGGCGGCCGGCCGGGCCAUCGACGAGAUCAACGGCUUCGAGCUGUUCGACAAGCCCAUGGUGCUGGAGUACGCGCGCACGCGCAGCGACGCGACGGUGUUGCGCGAGGGGGGCGAGGAGGAGCUCGAGGCGCAUAAGCGGCGGCGCGGGGCGGAGAAAGAACGCAAACAAGCGCACGAGGCGCUCGAAGCGCAAAAGAAACUCAAACGGCCCUCCGGCGCGGUCGUGGCGCCCUCCGACCCCUCCGGCCGCCCGGCCAAGGCGGCCAAGGGCGCCGGCCUCAAGCCUACCAGCGGCGCCGCCGCGACUGUCAUCCCGGACGAGUACCUGCCGCCCAACAAGAUCCUGUUCCUGCGGGACCUGCCGGACACGGCCGACCAGGACAGCCUCACCGCGGUGUUCGCGCGGUUCGAGGGCUUCCAGGAGGUGCGGUUGGUGCCGGGCCGCAAGGGGAUCGCCUUCGUCGAGUACGAGAACGAGUCCGGGGCUAUCAGUGCCAAGGAGGCGACGUCGGGGAUGCCGAUGGGCGAGACCGGAAAACCCAUCCGGGUCACGUACCAGAGACAAUGAGUGGUGUGGGGUUGUUGGUGGUUUCAUGUCUGUUGGCGUUUGUGCGGGGUUUAUGGGGUUUUUCUCUAUGCAUCAUCAUCUGCUUGUGCCAAUGCUCAUCUUUGCUUCCAUUGGGGAUAUGACUUAAAAAAGAAACACAAAUUCUCAAGUGAAGACAAUAACAGCUACAUGCUCGGAAGUAUACUAGGUACAUAACAGGGAGACAAAGGGGGGACAUCGCUGCGCUAGACUUAGAAAAUCACGUCGGCAUCUUCCUGCUCGCCGAGCACGUCCGGUGCCUCAGGGGCUUCCUCUUCUGCUGCAGCCGCUUUCUCUUCUUC